CCUGGUUUUUGUAUAAAAUGACCGCACAAUGAUGGUAGAAGCACAAGCUGAUCCACUGUCAACCACCAACCACCAACAUGGGCAAGAUUAUCUUCUACGAGGAGAGGAACUUCCAGGGCCGCAACUAUGAGUGCAUGAGCGACUGCCCUGACAUGUCCCCCUACAUGUCCCGCUGCCAGUCCUGCAGGGUUGAGAGCGGCUGCUUCAUGGUGUAUGAGCGCAACAACUUCAUGGGCCAGCAGUUCUUCAUGAGGAGGGGAGAGUACCCUGACAUGCAGCGCAUGAUGAGCAUGGGCAUGAUGUUCGACAACAUCAGGUCCUGCAGAAUGAUUCCCAUGCACAGAGGAUCCUUCAAGAUGAGGAUCUACGAGAGGGAGAACUUCGGAGGUCAGAUGCACGAGAUGAUGGACGACUGUGACUCUAUCCAGGAGCGUUACCGUAUGUCUGACUGCCAGUCCUGCAACGUGAUGGACGGCCACUGGCUGAUGUACGAGCAGCCCCACUUCAGAGGAAGGAUGAUGUACAUGAGGCCUGGAGAGUACAGGAACUUCAGGGAGAUGAGCAUGGGAAUGGGAGGCAUGAGUGGUGGCAUGAGGUUCAUGAGCAUGAAGCGUAUCAAUGAUAUGUGCAAUUAAAUGUCUUUAAUUGUUCAUGGUAAUAAAAUAAUUGAAGAUCUUUCAUAA